UAUUUUUUUUUAGUAUGCAUCUGACUGUUUACUGUGCAUAACCCCUGUGUAGUAUCAUUUUUUUAAAAUGGAGUCUACUCCUAUAGUAAACUUUUACAAAGGAAAAUCUAUUUUAAUUACUGGAGCGACCGGAUUUUUGGGAGGUGUUGUUCUAGAAAAACUAUUGUAUAGUUGUCCAGAUGUGAAAACCAUUUAUGUUCUAAUUAAAUCUAAGAAGGGUGUAUGUGGCCAGGAAAGACUGACACACUUGUUGAAUUUGACGAUUUUCCAAAGGAUACGUAAUGAAAAUCCCGAAGUGUUAAAAAAGGUAAUUCUGGUAUCUGGUGACAUGAGAGAUGACAAUCUUGGAUUAAGUGCUGAAGACAUGGAAUUGCUUAGGAAAGAGGUAUCAAUAGUUUUUCACAUCGGAGCUAGCGUAAAUUUUGCACAGCCGUUAUUGGAAAUUGUCAAUGCGAAUACUCGAGCUUCUGAGAAAAUGCUUCGGUUGGCUAAGAGUAUGGAAAAAAUACAGGCAUUCGUCUACGUAUCAACAGCUUACAGUAACUGUAGACAAAAUAACGAUGUGAUCGAUGAAGUUAUAUAUAAUAUGACUACGUCUGUGCAAUCCGGUUACUAUGCAGUAGACAACAUUCCACCGACCAACAAUUUGCUACACAAUUUGAUAGAUAGAAGACCAAACAGCUACACAUAUUCCAAAGCGUUAACAGAACUUUUGAUCGCGAGUGAAUUUAAUGAUUUGCCAGUUGCUGUAGUCCGACCAACGAUUAUAACAGCAACAAUGAAAGAACCGAUAAAGGGGUGGGUCCAGGGUUGGAAUGGAGGUAACACGGUGAUUCUAUUUCAAGGUAUAGGUCUUAUAAGAUCCUGGAAUUGCAAUGUUGAUGCCAUUAUUGACAUUAUCCCAGCGGAUAUCGUGGCCAAUUUGAUUGUUGCUGCUGCCUGGGAUAUUGCCAGAAACAAUACAAAACGUCAAGGCAAUAUAAAAGUGUUCAACUGUGCAUCUAGUUCUCAAAAUCCUCUGACUGUGGGACAACUGUUUUACACCUCCUUGAGUCAUAGCAAGAAAAUACAUAGUUACCUGAUACCUCCAUAUCCGUUGUUAAUUCAUAAUCGCACCUUGCAUUCCAUUAUAUUUUUCUUUCUUCAAGUCCUUCCCGUUUACAUUAUAAAAGGAUUAUGUGGCAUCUUUGGACGCAAGCCAAGAAUCGUGCAGUUGUUCGAGAAAAUACCGAAACUAGAAAUCAGCCUGCCAUUUUUUACGUCUAAUCAGUUUACUUUCAUUGACAAGAACACAAGACAAUUAUACAUGGAAAUGAACGCAAAAGACAAACGCAUUUUCUACUUUGAUGUCAAAAUUAUCGAUUGGUAUAGUUAUUUGGAGACAUAUGUUAUGGGCCUUAAAGAAUAUCUGCUAAAAUUAUAAAAUAGUUAUGCAAAAGGCAAUAAAAUACAAAUACUGUUGCGUAUUGAAGAUGCAUUCACUUUUCAAGAAGUGCAGGAUUAAAAGGAGAAAAGUGUUUAAAUUUUGACGAAUAUGAAAUCAUAAUUUAUGAAUCAGUUAUUGCCUGAUAUAAAGUUCACCACGUUUGAAAUGGCAUAAUCCCUCAGUCAGUUUUAGGACCUGCCCGGAAAAUAAACAGCUGAACGAGUU